AACAUGGAUGGUACACUAAAGGUCUCACUGCUGGCAGCCCUGAUUCUGCUGGUUUCUGUCCAGGCAUCUAACUAUGAAGGCUUGUCUGAUGGAAUACGAAAACAUGUUGACAAAGCUCUGAAUAAUGUACACAGUAUGUAUGGAGAAGGUCAUCAUGUUGCUUAUCAUUCACUUAUAGGUACUCCGAAGAUUGCCCCAUUUUCACAGAUUAUGGACAAAAUCUUCAAUGUAAAUGUCCUUCUGACGGUCAAAAAAUGUGAUGAGAAUCCUAGCAACAUGGAUGAAUGUGUUCCACAAAAUAAAAUAUUGUACCUGAUGGACUGCCUUCUGUGUAAGACAAAAGACAAUGAAGAACUGCUGGAUUGUGCCAAAUGGUUGGAGGUCAAAAAUAAUAAGCGUGAUGACUAUCGAAGUAAAUGUAGGGGAACUUUGCUUGGAAGUGAAACACUUUUCCAGAAAUCUGACGACUCUCAGAAAAUGGGUGGAUGUCCUGGAUGUAUGUGA